UCGCGCCAAUUUCGGUUGCUCGGCCGCAGUCCACCGCGCGCCUCUUCUUUGCUUCUCGCGGCGCGCGUCCCCCAAGCCCGCCAACUGCUGCCUCGCGCCCCGGGGCAGCGAUGGCACUAAAGGACUACGCGCUCGAGAAAGAAAAAGUUAAGAAGUUUCUACAGGAGUUUUACCAGGAUGGUGAAUCGGGCAAGAAGCAGUUUAAAUAUGGGAACCAGUUGGUUCAGCUGGCUCAUCGGGAACAAGUGGCAAUGUAUGUGGACCUGGAUGACGUAGCUGAGGAUGACCCUGAGUUGGUGGACUCAAUUUGUGAGAAUGCCAAGCGCUAUUCCAGGCUUUUUGCUGAUGCUGUCCAAGAACUGCUACCACAGUACAAGGAGAGGGAGGUAGUGAGCAAAGAUGUCCUAGAUGUUUACAUUGAGCACCGGCUGAUGAUGGAACAGCGGACCCGGGACCCUGGGGCUGCCCGCAGCCCCCAGAACCAGUACCCUCCUGAACUCAUGCGCAGAUUUGAGCUGUAUUUUCAGGGCCCAAGCAGCAACAAGCCUCGUGUGAUCCGGGAAGUGCGGGCAGACUCUGUUGGCAAGUUGGUAACUGUCCGUGGAAUCGUCACUCGUGUGUCCGAAGUCAAACCCAGGAUGGUGGUGGCCACUUACACUUGUGACCAGUGCGGAGCAGAGACCUACCAGCCGAUCCAGUCUCCAACUUUCAUGCCUCUGAUCAUGUGCCCAAGCCAGGAGUGCCAGACCAACCGUUCUGGUGGGCGGCUCUAUCUCCAGACACGUGGAUCCAAAUUUAUCAAAUUCCAGGAGAUGAAGAUGCAGGAGCAUAGUGACCAGGUACCUGUGGGAAAUAUCCCUCGGAGCAUCACAGUGAUGGUCGAAGGCGAGAACACAAGGAUCGCCCAACCCGGCGAUCAUGUCAGUGUCACUGGCAUAUUCUUGCCAAUCCUGCGUGCUGGGUUCCGACAGAUAGUACAGGGUUUACUCUCAGAGACUUACCUGGAGGCGCAUCGGAUCGUGAAAAUGAAUAAGAGUGAGGAUGAUGAGGCCGGGGCUGGAGAGCUGAGCAGUGAGGAGCUGAGGCAGAUUGCUGAGGAAGAUUUUUAUGAAAAGUUGGCAGCUUCCAUCGCUCCCGAGAUCUACGGACAUGAAGAUGUGAAGAAAGCACUUUUGCUUCUGCUGGUGGGAGGUGUGGACCAGUCCCCUCGAGGCAUGAAGAUCAGAGGCAACAUCAACAUCUGUCUGAUGGGAGAUCCUGGUGUGGCCAAGUCUCAGCUUUUGUCUUACAUUGACCGCCUGGCCCCUCGCAGCCAGUAUACAACAGGCCGCGGCUCCUCUGGAGUAGGGCUUACAGCCGCUGUGCUGAGAGACAAUGUGACCGGAGAACUGACCUUGGAAGGCGGAGCACUCGUGCUGGCUGACCAGGGUGUGUGCUGCAUCGAUGAGUUUGACAAGAUGGCGGAGGCUGACCGGACAGCCAUCCACGAGGUCAUGGAGCAGCAGACGAUAUCCAUCGCCAAGGCAGGCAUUCUCACUACUCUCAAUGCUCGCUGCUCCAUCCUGGCUGCUGCCAAUCCUGCCUACGGGCGCUAUAACCCUCGUCGAAGCUUGGAGCAGAACAUCCAGCUUCCUGCUGCACUUCUCUCCCGAUUUGACCUUCUUUGGCUGAUCCAGGACCGGCCUGACCGAGACAAUGACCUCAGGUUGGCCCAGCACAUCACCUACGUGCACCAGCACAGCCGGCAGCCCCCAGCACAGUUUGAACCCUUGGACAUGAAGCUCAUGAGACGUUACAUAGCUAUGUGCCGUGAGAAACAGCCUGCAGUGCCCGAGUCUCUGGCUGACUACAUUACAGCCGCGUACGUGGAGAUGAGGCGAGAGGCUUGGGCUAGUAAGGAUGCCACCUACACCUCUGCCCGGACCCUGCUGGCUAUCCUGCGGCUUUCUACUGCUCUGGCACGACUUCGAAUGGUGGACGUUGUGGAGAAGGAAGAUGUGAAUGAAGCCAUCAGGCUAAUGGAGAUGUCAAAGGACUCCCUUCUAGGAGACAAGGGGCAAGCAGCUAGGACUCAGAGACCAGCAGAUGUGAUCUUUGCGACUAUUCGGGAGUUGGUCUCUGGUGGCCAAAGUGUACGAUUUUCGGAAGCAGAGCAGCGCUGCAUAUCCCGAGGCUUCACUCCUGCACAGUUCCAGGCAGCGCUCGAUGAGUAUGAGGAGUUAAAUGUCUGGCAGGUCAAUACUGCCCGGACACGUAUCACUUUCGUCUGA